AUGAUGUUUAAAUGGCGACUCCGAGACAGCCCAGCAUGCGACUGCGGCAACGAUAGACAAACCAUUAAAUCGCAUUAUAAAGGAAUGCAAGCUAAGGAAAUUCAACCGGGGCAUCGAAGGAAUCCACGUGAUAACACCGGAAGCAGUAAAGUGGAUAAGGGAACUGGACGUACACCU